GCGAUGCUGCUGCGCCUGCUGCUGGCCUGGGCAGCCACAGUGCCCACCCUGGGCCAGGCCCCCUGGGCCACCAAGCCCCGGGCCGCCUGUGGCCCAGGGAGCUGCUACGCACUCUUCCCACAACGCCGCACCUUCCUGGAGGCCUGGCUAGCCUGCCGUGAGCUGGGGGGCAACCUGGCCACUCCUCGGACCCCUGAGGAGGCCCAGCGUGUGGACAGCCUUGUGGGCGCCGGCCCAGCCAGCAAGCUGCUGUGGAUUGGGCUGCAGCGGCAGGGCCCGCCUCAGCGACCACUGCGCGGCUUCACGUGGACCACGGGAGACCAGGACACAGCCUUCACCAACUGGGCCCAGCCAGCCACAGGAGGGCCCUGCCCAGCCCAGCGCUGUGCUGCACUUGAGGCGAGUGGUGAGCAUCGCUGGCUCGAGGGCUCAUGCACACUGGCUGUCGAUGGCUAUCUGUGCCAGUUUGGCUUCGAGGGCGCCUGCCCAGCAUUGCCAGAGGAGGCAGGCCAAGCUGGCCCCGCCGUCUACACCACACCCUUCCAAUUGGUCUCCACAGAGUUUGAGUGGGGCCCCCGGCUCUGUUGCCUGCCCUUCGGCUCGGUGGCUACUAUGCCCUGCCAGGCUGGCAGGGAAGCUUCUCUGCUCUGUGUGAAGCAGCCUGAGGGUGGCGUGGGCUGGUCACGAACUGGGCCCCUGUGCCCAGGGACUGGCUGUGGCCCAGACAACGGAGGCUGCGAACAUGAGUGUGUGGAGGAAGUGGAUGGUCAUGUGUCUUGCCGCUGCACCGAGGGCUUCCAGCUGGCAGCAGAUGGGCGCAGUUGCGAGGAUCCCUGUGCCCAGGCCCCGUGUGAGCAGCAGUGUGAGCCUGGUGGGCCACAGGGCUACAGCUGCCACUGUCGUCUGGGUUUCCGGCCAGCUGAGGAUGAGCCACAUCGCUGCGUGGACACAGAUGAGUGCCAGAUCGCCGGUGUGUGCCAGCAGAUGUGUGUCAACUAUGUUGGCGGCUUUGAGUGCUAUUGCAGUGAAGGCCACGAGCUGGAGGCUGAUGGCAUCAGCUGCAGCCCUGCAGGGGCCAUAGGCGCCCGGGCUUCCCAGGACCUUGUAGAUGAGUUGCUUGAUGAUGGGGAGGACGAGGAGGACGAGGAGGAUGAAGAUGACAUCUGGGAGGCCUUCAAUGGUGGCUGGACAGAGAUGCCAGGGAUCCUGUGGAUGGAGCCUACGCAGCCGCCUGACUUUGGCCUGGGCUAUAGACCCAGCUUCCCAGAGGACGGAGAGCCACGGAUCCCCUACCAAGAGCCCACCUGGCCACCCCCGCUCAGUGCCCCCAGGGUCCCCUACCACUCCUCAGUACUCUCUGUCACCCGGCCUGUGGUGGUCUCUGCCACGCGCCCCACACUGCCUCCUGCCCACCAGCCCCCUAUCAUCUCUGCCACGCAUCCGCCCCCAAACCCUGCCCAUCAGCCCCCCAUGACCUCUGCCACACGACCAGCGUCACUCCCCGGACAUCAUAUCCCUGUGAUUGCAGCCAACUAUCCGGACUUUCUCUCUGCCCAUCAACCCCAAAUUAUCUCUGACACUCACCCUGCACAGCCCCCUGCCCACUGGCCCCCCAUUAACUCAGCCAAGUAUCCUGAACUGUUCCCUGCCCACCAUUCCCCCAGGUUUCCAGAAACCCAGGUUACCGAUGCCCAGAUUACCACUCAUUCGCCUCAAAUCUCAGCUAACCUCACCCCUCUGUCCACCACCCCCAGUGCUCCCCCACCCCCUCUGGCCCCAGAUGCCUCGGUCCUCAGAACCCAAGUCACCCAGCUUCCCAUUACCUCAACUGUCCAGCCUUCUCAGACCACCACCUCCAGAACCCCAGAGCCCCCUGCCCAUCAAGUCCCUGUGCCUGCUGCAACCCAGCCCCCAGUCCCCUUCACUCCCCUGCCCCCUCAGACUCCCACCAGCCAGACCUCACCUGUCAGCCCUACACAUCCACGUUCAAAACCCCCCCACAUCCCAAAGGAAGGUGGCUCCAGCCCCAGAUUGGCUCCGUGGCUACCCUCGACAGCCCCCACAGCACUCCCAACAGCCCUGGGGGAGGCAGUCGCAGGCCGCAGCCGAAGGGAUGACCGGUGGCUGCUGGUGGCACUCCUGGUGCCAACAUGCGUCUUCUUGGUGGUUCUACUUGCACUGGGCAUCGUGUACUGCACCCGCUGUGGCCCCCACGCCCCCAACAAGCGUAUCACUGACUGCUAUCGCUGGGUCACCCAGGCUGGGAGCAAGGGCCCAACGGAACCCAUGCCCCCCAGGGGCAGCCUCACAGGAGUGCAGACGUGCAGAACCAGCGUGUGAUGGGGACAGAUCCCCCACCCCUGCCAUGGGGUAGGAGGAAGACGUAUGCAAUGGACACAUGGCCACGGCUGCAACACGGACCCAUGGGGGCUGCCCCGCUGGACAGAGGGCUUCCUGCUCCCGGGCCCAGCCAGGCUCCUCUCUGUCAACCACUACACUUGGCUCUUGGGAACUCCGCUCCCUGGCCCGGCACUCGGGACAGAGGAUACGCCAAGUCCUCCAGUACCUCAGGGGGUGGGUGCUGGGGUUUUCGGCAAUAAAUGGGGUGCCAACUCA